UCCCCCUCCCUAUCUGCGGAGGUGCCUGGCCCCUCCUCCCCCUUCCCCGCCGCCCCCACGCCCGCCGCCGCUGUCAAAGAUAACCAGGCCGUUGCCUGCAGGAGCAGCGGCAACUAGCGAUCGGGCCCUGAAGAGCCUCGGGUGCGGCCUCGCCUCUCCGGCCCGGCGCCCUCAUCAGCACCGCGGACAGCACAGUGAUCGUCUCCAGGACCUAGGCGCCCGCCGGCCCACCCGCCCAGAGGCACUUCGGUCCGCGACGUCCGCAUCAGCACCGCGGACAGCGCCCGGGCCCCGGUCUGGUCGCUGUCAGCCCACCUGCUCCCGGAGUCAGCCGAGCCAACAUCCCUCCUCGACGGGCCCCGCAGCGGGCUCGGAGCAGUCAGCGCCCCCGGAACAUGGCCACUGAGGUCCACAAUCUGCAGGAGCUCCGACGAAGUGCCUCACUGGCCACCAAGGUCUUUAUCCAGAGAGACUACAGCGAUGGGACCAUCUGCCAGUUCCAGACGAAGUUCCCCCCAGAGUUGGACAGUCGGAUUGAGCGGCAGCUCUUUGAGGAGACCGUGAAGACCCUCAACAGCUUCUACGCGGAGGCUGAGAAGAUUGGGGGCAGCUCUUACCUCGAGGGCUGCCUGGCCUGUGCCACGGCCUACUUCAUCUUCCUCUGCAUGGAGACCCACUAUGAGAAGGUUCUUAAGAAGAUCUCCCGCUACAUCCAGGAGCAGAAUGAGAAGGUCUUUGCCCCCCGAGGCCUCCUGCUCACAGACCCCGUGGAGCGUGGGAUGAGAGUUAUCGAGAUCUCCAUCUAUGAGGACCGGUGCAGCAGCGGCAGCUCGAGCAGCGGCAGCAGCAGCGGCAGCGGCAGCAGCAGUGGCGGGGGCGGCGGGGCGGGGGGCCGGUGACUGGCCGAGAGUCCCUGCAGGGAGGUGUACGGCUGGACUGAGGGCCUCGCAGACCUGAGGCGGCUGCGCUACCAGAGCACCCGCUUCUGAUUCUCUGGGCCCACCCUGCUGCCCAGGGCGGGAAGGAGGGUGACCCGCCCAGUGUCGCCCUCGGGCCAUCAGCCGGCGCGCCCCUUGCCCACUGGCAGGACGGUCCACUUCCUGACUUGGCUUUUAUCCGACGGGGCUGGUCUGGGUCACACAGAGGCAGGUCUUCCACCGGGGGUGGGGGUGGGGACAACACUAAUUGGACAAACCCCUUUCUUCUGCAGCUCCCCUCCCAACACCCCCUGAAAAGGAUCCAAGCCUGUCAAAUAGAGAAUUCCCAUCCUGCAUGGUACUUCACUCCAAAUCCCACAGCCACCAGGACCCCCUUCCUCGGGGUCCCACGCCCCAAGGCUGUCUCCCAGUGUGUGUGCUUUCUGAUGCCACCACAGGGCCUCUGCCCGUCUGUGAUCCUGCCUCCACUGACUCCAGGUCUGGGGAGAAGGGAGUGGUCAGCCCCCUCCUGACCUCUUCUGGACCCCUGGCAUCCCUGUCCUCCACCCAGAGCCUGGAGGUCAUCUUGGACUCUCUCAGAAGUGUCCAGCUUUGCAGGCCAGGUGCUGGUGGAGGUGGGGCACAUGACCUGGGCUCUGGAAGGUUGUAUGGGGGUCCGGAGAAGUGCUUCAUGGAGAGAUGUAGCCCUGGGGGGCUUGAACCUCCAAAACGGGAGCCAACUUCCCGAGAUUAGAACGUGCCUGUGUGUGAGAAUGAGUGUGUGUGCAUGCAGGCACGUGUGUAUGUGCACAUAUGUGCGUGCCCCAUGUGUACAAAUGCACCUGUGUGUAGGUAUGUGUGAGGACAGGUGUGUGCAUGAGUGCACUGUGAGUGCAUGUGUGUGACUGCACACAUGUGCAUACAGGUGUGUGAAUGCACUUGUAUGUUGCCCUUGGCUACUGGGCCGAAGUCCACCCCUCUCUGCAUCUUGUCUUGUCUUUGUGUGCCGUGGUCUGGCUGCUUCCCUGGGCGGGGCCAGCCUGUCCGCUUGUAAAUAAAUGUCCUAACAUCCUUUGUCUCUUGCUUGGCUCCCAGCUUGGCUCUUCUUCCUGGUCUCUUCCCCACUGGCAAGUUUCUCCCCACCUUCUGACUGUACUGUGUACAUUCUAACGAAAGUGCUGGGGUUCUAGGAGAGUGGAGCCAACCUUCCAGGGCCUUCUGUGCCCCGCUUCAGGUCCCCCAUAAUAAGGCAACAGGGCCAUGGGCACUGUGUACUCAAGGGGUCUCCAAGGCUGUGUGAGACGUCCUUGGAAGGUCAAAGGGGCUUCCAAUCUGCAGGGGAAGAGGAAAUUUCUUUCUUGAAAGAGGGGUGUCCAGCCGGUGAGGCCCUGACUGCUGAGGCCCAGCAGCCCCUCCCUGGUGUCUGGAGAUGGAGAGAAGCAGGCUGCCUGUCUUGGCCGGCAGGAGGUGCUAGAGGGGAUAUGAGAGACCAGUUACUGCUGGUGGCUUUCUUUUGGAUGCAGGAGGAGUAUAUAGGAAAGGUUCAGAGAGCCGGAGAGGGCGGCCCAGUCCCUGCGCCUCAGUGGGUCCUGGUCCAAGUGUUCCCUGGGUGAGCUGCAGCCCACUGAUCUCCACCACAGUCCCCUUCCCGCUGAACCUGGCCUGUGCCCACCCUGGCCCACCGUGGGGCUGGGGCCGACCUGUGGGGUGAACGAUGCAUCUCCCGUGGGAUGGCUGGGCGCUGGCCAUGCGGUGACCUUUCAUUAUUUCUUUUUCCAAUAAAAGGACUUGCCCAGCUC